AUGGAUCAAAUUAAUGAAAAUAAAAAACCUCAUCGGAAGAAACAGGCCGGGGCCAAGCUGAACAAAAAGAAAAAUACAAAAAAAGAAGAUGUAGUAAAACCAAAAAAUGUGAAAGCUUUUGCUUUCCACUCCAUAAAAAAAGCUGAAAGAGCAGUGAGAAGAACUGCAGAUUUUAAAGAAAAGAAGUUUCAUAAUCCGGUUGUUGAUCGAUCGAGUGUCGUUCCACCCCCAAUCGUCGUAGCCGUUGUUGGACCCCCUAAAGUCGGGAAAACCACUUUAAUUAAAUGCUUAGUGAAAAACUUUUUAAAAAGAAAAAUCACUACCAUUAACGGGCCUGUGUCCAUUGUUUCAAGCAAGAAACAACGGCUGACCUUCUUAGAGUGCAACAAUGAUUUCAACUCAAUGAUUGACAUCUCCAAAGUUGCAGACCUGGUGCUGUUGAUGGUCGAUGCCAGUUUUGGCUUUGAGAUGGAGAUCUUCGAGUUUCUACACAUAAGCAAGGUGCACGGUGAGAUGAAGAUCAUCGGAGUUCUCACUCAUCUCGACUCGUUUGGUAAUAAUAAAAGGUUGAAAAAGACAAAAAAGAUCCUAAAAAAUAGGUUCUGGAAGGAUGUCUAUCCAGGCGCCAAACUGUUUUACCUAUCUGGUAUAGUAAAUGAAGAAUACCAAAAAAUGGAAAUCCACAAUCUAGGUCGAUUCAUCAGCGUCAUGAAGUAUCGGCCACUUCAGUGGAGGUCCUCACAUCCGUAUGUCCUUGUCGACAGAAUUGAAGAUGUGACUGAUCCGGAAUUAAUUCGACAAAAUAAUAAAUCCGAUCGAACUGUUUGCUUCUAUGGCUACGUGAGAGGCACACACUUUAAAAACAAAACCAGCGUUCACCUAGCUGGUUUAGGUGACUUCACAAUUGAUGACAUGAGCUAUCUAAACGAUCCAUGCUCAUUCCCCGACGAGUUGAAGAAACGAUCUCUCGAUGAUCGAGAACGACUCAUCUAUGCCCCGAUGUCUGGCGUUGGUGGUGUCCUCUUUGAUAAGGAUGCUGUUUACAUAGAAACUAAAGGAAUUAAUUUGAUGAGUGAUAAAAAGAGGUCUGGUGAUAAGGAAAAGAUGCUGGAGACUCUGAAGAACAUGCAGACGACGAUCGACGGCAAAAUGGCGGCCGGGAAUUUCCAACUCUUUAGUAACCAAGAGGAGGGAGAUGAUGACGGCGAUGAAGAUGGUAACGACGAAGAAGAAGAUGAUGAUGGUAGUGAAGAUGGGAAAGACGAUGAUGAAAACGAGAGAGAUGGGAGGGAAGAAGUGGAAGGUGAUAUGGAUGUAGAUGGCAAUGAAAAUCUAAGUGAACCUUGGAAGCUGAAAACUGGUCUUGAAGAAAAUGAUGAUGACGAUGAUGAUGACGACAUGGAAGGUGAUGAUGAUGAUGAAGAUGAAGAAGAAGCUUUGGAUGAUGAGGAAGAGGAGGAAGAUGAUGAUGUAGAUAUGAGUGAAGAUGAUCAUGAAAAUGUUGAUGGGGCUCUGAAAUGGAAAGUGAAACUGAGAGAAAAGGGAAACUCUUCGUUUUUGGAAAGAUUAAAAAAUAUCAACAACAUUCAAUCUUUUGUCUAUGGGACAGAAAUUAUGAAUUUACACGAUGACAAAUCAACGAAUGAUUCUGAGGAGCAGGAAAAGGAAACUUACGAAGGAAAAGAUAAUAAAAAUAAUGAUAACAAAAUAAAAAUAAAUGACGGCGGUGAUGAUUUUCUGGGCGGUUUCCUCAGUCUCUCAGAUCACAACUCCAGAUUUGGUUCCAAUAAGUUAUUCCACCAAGAGGAAACAUCAAAACAAUUAUAUGCCUUCUAUGAUUUCAACAAACUUGAUGUCCAAGAGCUGGUAGAGCGUGUGAAAGAUUGCUUCGUCAGUGGAAUGUGGGAUGAAGAUGAAGAUGCUGAAACACUGCUCAAGAGAGAUGCUGAGAGAGAGACCCCAGAGGAGAGGAGAGAACGCCGGAUGAAAGCGAAAUUGCUGGAGAGAAAGAGGAGGCAGAAGGAGAUGUUCGACAUGCUGUACGACGAGGGCAGACUCGAUGGAAAUGGAACUACUGCCGAUAAGAACUACUUUGAAACUUUGAAGGAAGAGAUGGCACAACAGGCGCAGUUGAACAGAUCUGAAUUUGAGUCUCUGCCAGAAUCGGCUCGCGUUGAAUUUGAGGGUUUCCGACCGGGCCUUUACGUACGCAUGCAAAUACGUAGCAUACCCUGCGAAUUCAUCGAGUAUUUCGACCCAACAUACCCCAUCGUCGUUGGAGGCCUGCUGACCUCAGAACAAAAUAUCGGAUAUGUGACUGUGAACUUCAAGAAACAUCGUUGGCACAAGAAAGUCCUGAAGACAAAUGAUCCCGUUAUCUUCUCGUUGGGAUGGCGUCGAUUCCAAACGAUCCCUGUCUACUCCAUCCAGGAUCACAAUGGCCGCAACCGACAGAUUAAAUACACGCCUAACCAUCUUCAUUGUCACGCUACUUUUUGGGGUCCAAUAACGCCUCAGGGUAGUGGCAUAGUAGCCAUUGAUUCAUUAGCUAGUAAUACAAAAGAGUUCAGGAUAUCUGGCACGGGUAACGUCUGUGAGAUUGACAAGUCGUUCGCUAUAGUUAAAAAGUUGAAACUGGUCGGGACGCCAUUCCUAAUUCAUCAGAAUACUGCGUUCAUACAGGGCAUGUUCAACUCAUCACUGGAGGUUGCCAAAUUUGAACUUGCGAGCAUUCGAACGGUCAGUGGGAUCAGAGGUCAAAUAAAAAAGUCGAUAAAAAAUGGCGCCACCCUCUUGAAAAAGUUCAAGUCCAAGAUGGCCGACCCUAUUCUGCCGGGAGCGUUCAGGGCUACAUUUGAGGAUAAGAUUCUUAUGAGUGACAUUGUCUUCAUGAGAACUUGGUACAAAACAUCGGUGGAUCAGUUUUACAACCCCGUAACUAACUUACUGCUGAGCCAAGCGUCGAGGGAUGCCUGGAGGGGCAUGAAGACAGCUGGCCAGAUUAGGAGGGAGAAAAAUAUCAAACGAGAUGUUAACGAAGAUAAUCUUUACAAGCCAAUAGCAAGGCCGGUACGUGAAUACAAGCCCCUUCAAAUACCACGGGAGCUUCAGAGGCAAUUACCAUUCAGGCUGAAACCGAAAACAGAGGGGAAAACAGUGGGCGAAAUUAAGAGGAUUGCUGUUGUCAAGGAACCACAUGAACGAAAGGUUUCGCAAAUGAUGAAACAACUGCAAGCCAUUUAUGACCAGAAAAGAAAGAAUCAACGAGUUAUAAUGAGAGAAAGAGCCUCAAAGCAUCGAAAAGAAAUUAUAAGUAAAAAUAAAGCUAAAGCAGCAAAGAAAAAAAGAUAACUGAUUUGUUUCCAUAAUUUUUAUUAUUGUUAAUUUUAUUAUUUAUGGUAAUGUUUGUUAUUGAUCGUCAAACUGUACAGUAAACUCGAAAAUUACAACUAAUAUUCAGCAAAUACAUACAUACGUACGUACGUGUAAUACAAACGAGCAUUUAUUAGCAGUCAUGUUUCUUGUUCUCAUCUCUUCUUACUUCCUAACUUUUUAUUAGUUUAGGUAGGUGUAAAAUAGGUGAGCCUUGGCUUGAGUUAAAUAAAA